AAUUCAUUUUGUCAACAAAAUUUUAAGAAUUAAAUACAUUUUCUAAACAAAAAAUAUUUUCAAAAAUUUUUAUGAACAAAAAAAAAAACAACAAUAAUGUCAACAGCAAUUAAUGUUAAAUUUGCAAGCUAAAGCAACAGAAUACACGUCAACAACAGCAAUUGUAAAUAAAAUAUUUUCAUAAAUUUAAAUUAAAAAGAAAAAGAAAUUUAACAUAACCCACCUUUAAUAAUAAAUAAUUGCAAAAAUACUUUAUAAUAAAAAAUAUACAUUAAAAAGUCUUUAAUUCAUUUGACCUUUAAAUAAGCAUUAAGUAAAGAAGAAUAGUAAUAGUUAAAAAAAAACUUAGAUAUGUAUGUGUUACUAUUUGUGUCAUUUUAAUAUGUCAGUUUAUAUCAAAUAAUCAUUAAUAAUAUUUUAAUAAAAAUAUUUAAGCUUAAAAAAAAUUAUAAAUAAUAUAAAAAUAAAAUAAUUAAAAUUGAAUCUAAAAAUACAACAUUAAACAUCAUUUUUAUUUUUUUUAAACUUCCCACAAUUUAAACAGAUUUUAAUUAUAGCCGCAGAUUUAAAAGAAAACGUGUUUCAAUUAAAGUGUUUAUUAUGGGAAUAUACAAACAACUCACAUCAACACACACCUUUUAAUAUUAUGUUAAAUAGUUAAAAAAAUGAUCGUGCUGCAAACAAAAAGUUAUGAUUAGAAAACCAAACUACUAAAAAUAAGAUGGGUUCAUAGUAUCAUUUACACCACGAAAUGAAUUUGGACAAUCAAUCUAGAGUUUCCAUUUAGCGGUUUCAAAAAACACGGAACAAGAUUUUCAUAAAAAUAAAUAGAUAAGAAAACGAAAACUUUACGAAAUGAAUACAACAACACAAAACUAAAAGGGAAAAAAACUAAAGCUUAUUAUAAGGUAACCUGAUAAGCUAAACAAGGCUGCAGCAGCAAAGAGAGAAAGAAUAAAGUAACAACAAUAUUAAAGAUAAAAAGUAAAUGACAAGCAUUGAAUGAAUGUAUAAAUGAAAAUGUCAAACUCAAGCAAAAGAAACUAAGAACUGGAACAUGAUAAAAUGAAUGACAUGACAUGAUUGAAUGAAUGAAUAGAAAUAGAAUAUUGAGGUUGGAAAAUACAAAACCACUCAGACACACACUCAUAUGUGAAGAUAAAAGACAAACAAGACUAAAGUGAAGAGACUCUCAAACGCACAUCAAACUCAAAGUAUUACGCCUAACACCUACACUUAUACACGUUUACGAAAAGGAAAAGGAAAUACGAAACUGGAACAAUGUCAGCUAUUUAGAACAUAAUACAAAUAUAAAAGACACAUGCUAAUACAAAUAGGUCUAGAACAUUUUUACAAAUAGACCAUUAAAGCAAAUAAGUUGUUUAUGAAACUUAGUCUAUUUUUACUGAAAAUCAAAUAAAUGGAUUUAUAUAAAGACAGAGAAGUAAAAUAUUCAAAAAGAAAAUUUAAAGAGUCCUUAACAUUAUACUGGAGAACGGUCUAUACGAAUCGAACCUUUGAUAAAGGAAAAAAGGGAGCUUAAACUAUAGACUAAUAUACAUAUAAAAAUUAGAAAUCACUUUAACUUUCAUAUUUAAAAGCAAUUAAGUAGAACUCAAAUAAUAAUAAAAAGUUAAAGGGCUUCGAAGCAUUAUCACAAACCCUUCCCAAUAAACCCCCAAAAUUUCCUCAGCACAUUUUUUGGCACAAUAAACUUUUUAUAUGGAUUCGUUAGUUGAAAACAAGUUGAACAAAAGCUUAAAGUUUUCUUCUUUGCACGCUUCUGGCGUGUUUAAUACUACAACUAUCACAACUACCAACACUAUUACUUCAAAAGCUACUAACGCUAUCAACACUUAUGCCAACAAUAUUAACUCCUUCACUUCAAAUGCUGUUCAAAAUUUCAGUUUCAAUACAAAUCAUCACCAGACAACUGCGGUUCUACUGCGAAAGAUCUCAGAAAAAAUCAAACAUUGCAUGUUGACAAUUGUUCGUUUUUUGUUUUAUAUAUUUUUGAUUUUAACUCUGACAGAUGGUUUCAAUUUGGGCACAGUUUUGGCAUUAAAUGACAUAAAAUCCAGACCAGAUUUUUUAAAUAUUUCGACAGCAUCAUCAUCUUCAUCAUCGCUGCUAACAGCAUUAUCGUCUGCCCAACUGCCAGUAGAAGCUCUGAUUUUGGAAGCCAAUACAAAUUUAGAGGUAAAUAGAAAUUUUAGCAACAACAAAACAAAAGCCAACAAUGGAGACUUUAACAACAGCACAUACCACCACAAAAACGGCAGCAGCGAGAAUAUCAUGUUUAAUACAGAUGCAACAGCAGUACAUGGGUCAAUGUUUAGCAACAGUAUCACCUCUACCCUUUCAUCACUGUCACUAUCAUCAAAACAACCAUUGCCGCCAGCAGCAUCAUCUUCAUCAUCAUAUUUACACAAUGACAACUUGUCAUCGACUGUCGUCUACUCGCCUACAACUGCAAUAUUUGAGUCUGCCUCACCAUCUGCUUCGUCGGAAACAACUGCUGAAUUCUCUAUGCCCGCCGUCCACACUGUACUGGUUAGCAUUGUUUUGCUCUUUGUCAUUUUGGGCACAAUUGUUGGCAAUGUUUUGGUCUGCAUUGCUGUAUGUAUGGUACGUAAAUUACGUCGUCCCUGUAAUUAUUUGCUGGUCUCUUUGGCUUUAUCGGAUCUUUGUGUGGCCGUUUUAGUCAUGCCGAUGGCGUUGCUUUACGAAGUAUUGGAAAAGUGGAAUUUUGGCCCAGUUUUAUGUGACAUCUGGGUAUCGUUUGAUGUCCUUUGUUGUACAGCAUCCAUUUUAAAUCUGUGCGCCAUUUCAGUCGACCGUUACUUGGCCAUAACUAAACCUCUGGAGUACGGUGUCAAACGCACACCACGACGAAUGAUGUUGUGCGUAGCUUUAGUUUGGCUGGCUGCCGCAUGUAUAUCAUUACCACCGUUACUCAUACUAGGCAAUGAACAUGAAGACGAGCAUGGAAAUCCAAUGUGUUCCGUUUGCCAAAAUUUUGCAUAUCAAAUUUAUGCAACGUUAGGUUCCUUUUACAUCCCAUUGGCCGUAAUGUUGUUUGUGUAUUAUCAGAUAUUUAGGGCAGCACGACGUAUUGUAUUGGAGGAGAAGAGAGCACAGACACAUUUACAGCAUGCCCUCAAUGGAACCGGUUCACCGCCAGGUCACACUGAUUUGGGUGGCAAUGGCCAACAACGUCACAGUAGUUAUGGCAAUACUUCUCUUAAUUACUCCACCUGUGGUGGUCUUUCUGCCAGUCAGGCUGGUGGCGGUGGAGGCGGUUCAGGUUCGAGUGGUCUAUUGGGUUCGCCCCACCAAAAGAAGUUACGCUUUCAAUUAGCUAAAGAGAAGAAAGCCUCUACUACGUUGGGCAUUAUUAUGUCUGCCUUUACUAUAUGCUGGCUGCCAUUUUUUAUUUUAGCUCUAAUACGUCCAUUUGUGGAAAAUGAAACCACUCAUGUGCCACAGUCAUUAUCUUCAUUAUUCUUAUGGCUGGGUUAUGCCAACUCAUUGCUCAAUCCCAUCAUCUAUGCCACUCUAAAUCGUGACUUCCGCAAACCAUUUCAAGAAAUUCUCUACUUCCGUUGUUCUAGUCUUAAUACCAUGAUGCGUGAAAACUACUAUCAAGAUCAGUAUGGUGAACCACCCUCGCAGCGUGUUAUGUUGGGCGAUGAAAGACAUGGUGCCCGAGAAAGUUUUCUUUGAAAUUAGGCAUUAUAAAGGGUCAAGGUUUUGGCGCAUCGAGUUCCAGGAGGGUUUAAAUCCUUAACCCCUUUAUAUUCCUAAUUAAAUAAUUGCAUACAAAACUCAAGCACAUCUUAACACGCUAAAGAAUUCCAAAGAUAUACAUUAAGUUGGUUUAGGUGGUAAUUAAAUAUUAGUUUUAAUUUUAUAACACCACCAUCCAAAAGCACUACAUUUGCUACUAUGAGUGAUGAUUUUUCAUAUUAUUAUUUAAUUUAAUAAUUAGUUUUUAGUUUAAGUUACCAAAAGCAAAGCAACAUCAAUUUAAAUCUUUAAAAGUAUUUUAAUUACACUGUUUAAAAACAAACUACAAUAUAAAAAGGAAAACCAACAAAACAUAAGUCCUAUAAUUGAAAUAAAUAAGAAUUAAACAUACUCUCAAU